AUGGUCGUCAACGCCACUAUAAACAAUGCCCUAACCGCCGAUGCCAUCAUCCCCGACAUCCUCCCAGCCAGCACGGUAGUGCAACGAAACCUGAAAGUCGCCUUUCAUAACACCACCCUCACGAGACCGGGGCAGAUGAUUGAUCGUGAAGAGACGCAUUUGAAGCCGACGGCUUUUGUUGAUCCUCCGCCGGAAGAAGACCUUCUGCGCCAUAUAUAUACGAUAUUAAUGGUCGAUCCGGACCUGACAAGUCGAAACGAUACAAAGUACGGACAAGUCAGACACUGGCUCAUAAGCCACUGCUCAAUCAGCAGUGCCGGCGAAAUCCUCGAUGUAAAGGGUACGACGCAUUCCCCCUGGGUUGGACCAGCACCUUUGCCAGUUCGCAAUUUUACGGGAAAAAGCAAACCACAUCCAUCGCGCUACACUUUCAUCCUUUGCAAAAGCAAAAUAAUGCCUCCCCAAGGCAGUGAUAUAGAAGUCUCUAAAGAAAUGCAAAUCGCAGAAAGCGACCAAUAUGCGGAGAUAGAGAGCGAUUUGGGCAAACCGUCACAGGAUCUGUUUGAUCGGUGGAAGUUUAAUACUGCGCAGUUUCUGAAUGACAACAACCUUGAGGUUGUAGCUGCGACGUAUAUGCUUGUUGAAGGGAAUCUGAAGAGUGGUGUUGCGAAUGUGGGUCUAUUCGCUAAUGCCAUUGGGCAUAAGUUUGGGGAGGUUGGUCAUUGA